AUGUCAGAACAACAAGCAGGCGAAGUCAGCGCCGUUCCAUUCGUCCGUCUCAGGCUCGCUGACAUUAUGGCAGGCAGUACCAGCAGCCCAACGAGGCAGCUGGACCUCGUUCCUGAAAUCGUACAUCUCCCACUUCCCGCAAGUUUAUUAGAUGCACUGAACCGUAUCACCCAGGAUCGCCUCGUUCUCGGGAGAUUUAUCGUCCCUGGUAAAGUCGUCGCCUCCAAACAAAUCGUGUUGCUCAUCGCUGCAGACCGCACCGCCGUUUAUAUUGUCGGCAAGUCAACAAGUAUCUUGGCUGCGGAAUUGUCUAAACUCGAGGACUUAGCCUGUCUCGCUGACCGAGUUUCCUGGUGCGCUUCACAUCUACCACAAGCAUUCAAGACGCUAAUUAUUCUCUCAGCAUACUGGUGUGAGCGCCCAGAACUCUUCGCUGCAAUUGCCGACGCGACCACCGAGGAAGCACGGGCGCUUGCUGUCCUCAAAUGGUUUAUUAGUACCCUGAAGGGCCAAUACACUUCGAGGAACGAGAGCAUGGGCAGCGAAAAGAAGCCGCUUAAUCCGGCACUGGGAGAGCUGUUCUACGGCAACUGGCCCGACAAGGACGGGCGCGGCAAGACCGAUCUGCUCGUUGAGCAAGUGUCGCACCACCCUCCCAUCACCGCCUAUGUCAUCGAGAACCAAACCAAGGGCAUCAAGCUCGUUGGCCAUAAUGCGCAGAAGACCAGCUUCAGCGGCGGGUCUAUCAUUGUCAAGCAGAUUGGGCACGCGGUUCUAACCGUCAAGCUGCCCUCCGGUGCCGAUGUGCAAUACCUCCUCACGCUUCCGCGCUUGCGUAUCGACGGCUUGUGGUAUGGCUCGCCAUAUAUUGAGCUCGCUGAGAGUUCGUAUAUCAUCGGGGGCGGAUAUGUCGGGGUCAUCGACUACAAAGGGCGGGGGUACUUUUCCGGCAAAUCGCAUUCAUUCAAGGCGACGCUCUCGCCUACCGAGAAGCGCGGCGACAUCGUCGUCGAGGGUGUCUGGCACCAAACCAGCAAAUUCGUCUCGGGCGGGCAUGGCACUUUCCACGAUGUUUCUGCACCCAAGGAGGAGGUCACCGCCAUGGGUGGAGAGGCGUCUGGCGAGAUGGGGAGCAUGGAGACGCGGAAGCUGUGGGAACAGGUCGCAAAGGGCAUCAGGGAGGGCGACUAUGAGUUGGCUUCUCGAGAGAAGAGCCGCAUUGAGAACGAGAUGCGGCAGCGAAGGAAGGACGAGGCCGCGAAUGGAACCACGUGGCCUAUGAAGCACUUCCAGCCUUUGGCGAGCGAUCCGCUUUACGAGGAGCUCGCUCCUUUAGCCAGCAUCACACCCGCCUCGGAGGAUACCUACGUCUUCCAAAACAACUGGCCCACGACAAUCCGACCUUGA